CCGCUUUUGGGAAAGGGGGGUUAAGAGUUUUCACAAACACUCUAUAAAUGAGCUGGCUGGGACCUUGGAGCCAGAGUGAGCAGCAGCCUCCAGCCACCCGUUUCCGUGCCUUGCUCGAGUCUCAGGAAGGAGCCACGCUCUCUACAACAGCAAGUAUGGGGCGGAUGGAUCUGAAAAUUGCAGUGGCCUUCGUCCUGCUGCUGUUUCUCUGCACUGAGGCUGCCAGUUAUCGGCUGCAGAAGAGAGAGGCUCAGGACUCAUUCUCCCAGAUCCAGGAGGUUGCCAAGAGUUAUUGGGAGCGGCUGAAUUCAGCGGUCCAGGGCUGGAUGGACAGUGUCAAAUCUUGGGAAAUCUACGAAAAAACCACAUCGGCUGCAGGGACCUACACAGAAAUCCUGAAGGACCAGGUUUACCAUUGGUGGCAUGGGGAGCAAUAACAUAGGCUGCCGUCCACCCCAUCCCCAUCCCCAUCCCCUCCCCACUGCCAUUCCUACAGGGACAAGCCAGGAUAGCGAGCGGGUUCCUCUAUGUUCAUAUUUGUUCACGUGCUGACACUUUUCUGCUUACAGAGUCAAUAAAGCAAAUUCCCUUGCCUGGC